AUGAAAUCACAACAGCAAUCGCUCAGUUUCGAACAGUUAACAAGUCUCUAUGACUUUCCCUUCGAAGCAAUCUUUGAUGUUCCCGAAGCUAAAGAAGAAUUUCGAUUAUUUCUCAAGAAGGAACAUAAUGAAGAUCCCUUUCUCUUCUUUCAAGAAACUGAAGAAUUCAAGAGAUUAAAAUUCGAAGAAAACAAAGCCAAGAAGGCCAUCACAUUAUUCGAAAGGUUUAUUCUACCGAAUAGUCGACAAGAAAUUAACAUUUCAAGUCAGCAACGACAAGAUAUCAUUCAUAGCUUUUCAGAUGUUUCUCAAUUAUUAGAUGAGAAACAUUUACUAGUGAAUGACAAUGUUUUUGAUCAAGUUCAAUUGAGUGUUUUUUGUAAUUUGAAAAGUGACAAUUAUCCAAGAUUUACAAUGAGUGAACAAUUUAAAAAGUUUUUAAAAGAUAAGGAUUGGGAAUUUAUUUCAUUAAUUGCUGUCAAGAAAUCAACCAAGUAUAUGGAAUAUAUUCCAAAAUUUGAUGGAUUAGUGACAGAUAGAGAUAUUACCUUCUUAUCAUUUAUGGCUUUUAGUAAGGAAACUGAUGUUUGGGAUGAAAUCAAAGUGGAUGACUCUCGAGCUUGCUACAUCUCCAAAAAGGAAUUCCAAUUCAAUGAAAAAUCCAAUCAAUCCACCGGUAAACUCUUCAAACAAGUUUUCAUCCUACCAGCCACCAAAGAGCAAUCAUUUUCAGUUUUUUCACACACUCCACUCCGUAAGGAAAUUAUGGGCAUUGAUGGCAUGAAUCAAAUUGAUUACAUUCCAAUUUCAAAGAGUAACAAGUAUGCACAUUCACUCGUUCAUUUAUAUGUGAAUAUGAGGGAAUUGUCGUGGAUUUUGAAACCUAGAGAUGUGGUUUUGGCUGUAACUUGUGUUUUUGAUAGGAAGAGGGAUUGUUUGGUGAUUGCUAAAAAGUCAACUGAGACAGUGUUGAUGCCAGAGAAGAAGAGUCAUGUUAGGGCACAAAUGUUAACUAGUGGAUUUUUUUGUGAUUGUUCUCCAAAUGAAAAGAUUGUGUCAGUUAAAAAGUCAAAUGACAAACAGUCAACUGGGAGCUCACAACUUGAUAGGAAGAAUUCCAAUGCAUCAUCACUUUCUUCAUCAGUAUCUACAGCUAGCUCAUCAACUUUAAGCUGUUCACCAAAUAUCAGUCAAAAUGGUCAAGAAACCUAUACGAAACUAACCCUUCUCUUCUUUGUCGAUAUCAAAACUUUGGAUUCAGAUUUCAUCAAGAAGAAAAUUGUUUCCAAGAAGAACAAACUUACCCACCAAGCAUUUCUUCGGUCUAUUCGAGAACAGCGAGAAUUUGGAUUUAAAAGACCAAAAUUUUCGGAAGGAUUAUUGGAAACUUUUGACGAAUUUAAAUCAACUUAUUUAUCUGAAACAAAUCCUGUAGAAUUGUCGUGGGAUUUGGAAGAGGAGAAUGUUUUGAAUCAUCCAUUAUUGAAUUAA